AUGGCAGAAUCUUCACGGAGAAUGAAAAGUAAAUCAAAGGCGACAAAGAAGAAAAAGUUGAGAUACGUACGUGAUGAAGAAGAGUCUGAUUAUGAUCGUCUUGACUUAGGAUUGUUGGAUGUUGAACCAGAUAACCUGAAUCCUAUAUCUAACUUGUGUGACAACCCUUUUCUUAACAUUUUAUGUGAUGAUAAAAUGUUAAAGAAUAAUCAGUUUGAAGGGGGCGAUGAAGCUGAGGUUGAAGACAUUCACCAGGAAGAGCUUGAGCAUGAACACCUUGAAGAUGAAAAUGGCUUGGAAGUGUGUGUCGAGUUCAAGGUGCACGAUCCUACCAUCAAGUGGAACCAAAUGAAGCCUACAGUUGGUGAGUUAUAUGAGUCUCCUGCUCAGUUAAGGUUUGCACUCACUAACUAUGCUGUAGCUAAUGGAUACCAACUUUGGUUCAUGAAAAGUGAUAAAAGCAGGAUAAAAUCUAUGGUUGAAACACAUCUUUGUGCAAGGAAUUAUAAUUUUGGACAUUUGGUUAGUUGUAAUUGGUUAGGAAAACACUACAUUAAGGACAUAAUUAGGAAGCCCAAAAUGACACUGCCUGAGAUGAUGGAGGAUGUCCUUACAAAAUAUUCACUGAAAGUGUCAAAGGGGCAAUGUCAUAGAGCAAGGGAGAUGAUAGAAGGUAAACUGGAGGAACACUAUGCUAAGGCAUUGAAAGAUGGAUGGAAUACAGGGUGCAGACGUGUGAUCGGCUUAGAUGGAUGUUUCCUAAAGGGACAAAUCAAAGGGGAGAUUUUGACUGCUAUUGGAAGAGAUGCUAACAACCAUGUGUAUCCAAUUGCAUGGGCCGUAGUAAAUGUAAAGAACAAAGAAAAUUGGACUUGGUUUUUACAACUGUUGGUUGAUGACUUGGGUGUUGAGGAUGGAAGGGGUCUAGUUGUUAUUUCAGAUCAACACAAGGGGAUUCUAGAAUCUGUGAAAGCUAUCCUUCCACAUGUGGAACAUAGGCAGUGUGCACGACACAUUUAUGCCAACUUCAGGAAGAGGCAUACAGGAACUGGAAAGUGA